AUGUCGUCACCAAAGCGUCGUCGGACAUCCACGCGGCUCUCUGAGCAGCAAGCUGAGCCGCUCGCAGCUAUCGCGAUUCCCAGCACCUCUCGCAUCAGCGCGGGAUCAGAUGAGAGCUCGGCCAAGCAUACGAAUGGUCGUGCUGAGCGCGAUGCGCGUGCCAGAUGGAGCGCGCAUUCCUGCGAUGCAGCUCCACCCACACGUGCUCUUCGAAGACGCGAUGCCAGCUGCGUCAAAACGCCAUCUGCUCGUCCACAACUCCUCGGUACUGCCAAGGAAAAGGCCAGGGAAGAGCAAAAGAGGCAGAAGGAUCUAGAAGCAUUUGAUGCUAUGCGCCAAGCUGACCAACUCAUCAUGGCCACGAGUGCCGACCGACGCGCGCGCAGACGAGCAUCUCGAAGCGCGGCGCAGGACGGCGAUCUGCCUGGCAAAGACAUGAAUGAAGAGGAUCCAAUCCGGGCUAAAGCGAGCAGCGACGUGGUAAGGAUCGCCGAAAAGUCCACAAGACGUGCCGACCCUCGCAUCUUGGCACCGAGCUCGAGCCCACUGGAGGAUGGCGCACACGUAAAGCCGAUCGGGGUCGCUCGUGGGUCAGCGGGAGCUUUCGAAGAAAACGAGAGAAUGUCGAAAGUUCCGCAUCGAACGCUGGACUCGCCGCGUCAGAGGGAGGGUCGAUCCAGCCAUGCACAACACGCAGAGGAAACCGGUGCUUCCCAGGCUGGUGGAGACGCAGAUGAUAAAGGGCUUCCGGGUUGUGCCGGCCAAGACGACGCCUGUCCGCUUUCGCUACAAGAGGAGGGUGCUGCGUCUGUGUGGGCCCAUCACGAACGUCCACUACCUGCUUCACAUCCCAUGCCGACCUCCAAAUCGCCAACGCUGGCAUGUGAACGAGAGAAGGCUGUCAGAUUGGAUGCCAAGCUCGAACAGACGCAAAGCACAGCUCACGAUGAGGACAGUCAAGCAUUAGACACCGUGCGCGCUAGCGAUGCUGGGUCGGGCGUGGCUGUAGAGGACCCUAACAGCGCUUUGGCGGCCACUGUGCUGCUAGAGCGCCUUUCUCCCACCACGACCACAAGAUCCGCUCCCAUAGAUAGCGGGUCGCGUGAUCUGUGGGAGCUGCAGACGCACAGUAGUCAGUGGCGCGAUGGGCCACUUGCCGUCUACCAACCAGGGCCUUCACAUUGCAACGUCGACGCGGCAGACUCGUUGAAGCCAUGCAGCAACUCACCGACGCUGGUCUCGCAAGCCCCUGUUGAGCCCAUUGUGGCACCAUCGAGCUCGCGAGAGCCUUUCAGUACGGCCGUGAGCGAUCCCGUGCCGCCGGCGCAAGGAAACGGCGUUUUCUCCAGCCCUGGUCAACAGCGGGGCAUUGUUGCCAUGGGAAAUCUAACCAACAUGCACUCCAAUCUAUUGGAUGGCCUGGACAGCGAAGAUUUCGACGAUGUGCAGCUGAGCCCUGAAGGCUCUGCCAAGCGAAUGUGCUCGCCGCAUCCUGUGGUCGACAGUCAGACUCGCAGUCAAUUGGCACCGGAUGCUUCUCCUGCCGUCGUCGCUCGCGCUUUCAAGCGAGCUCGCAGCGCUAGAUCGACGAGUGCUUCGAAGCCUCUUCAGGAGCUGCAGCAUGCACCGGCUAGUAAAGCGAAGCAGUCCUUUGGCGAUUCGGACGACGAGUUCAGUCUGGAUCCGGACUUGUUUGCUGACCUCGAAGGCGUAGAUUUCGACUUUGAUGCGCAAAAGUUUGACGGCGAUACAGGUGAAGCUGCAAGUUCGAAGUUGAAGCGGGAUGGUGGACCCAAAUUUGGCUUCACUACCUCAGCGGUGGGCGGCGGAUUUUCGACUGGGCGCGGCAAAGCUUUUGCGAUGCCGAGCGCCGCUGUGCUCGAGGCAGCCAGAGCGCGCUUUCUUGACAUGAACGACGACGACUUCAAAGCGGGAGUCGCAGCGACAACGACCACUUCGCUUACGGCUCGGGCCAAGCCCGCACCGCCUGCUGCCGCCCUCGCUACCCCGUCUCGGUCCAGGAUGCCCCUAGCUCAGACGACUAAUGAAAACAUGCCUCUCCAACAUGCCGCUCUGACAAGCACCGAGAACGAGUAUGUGACACCAGCCAAGCCGAAGAUGGGUUCGCGCACCACAAGCACCGAUGGGGCCUCUCCAGCGCCGCAGGCUGUCGGCCGGACAGAGCAUGUGGCUGGCAGCAAUCUAGGCUUUUCAUUACCUCGAUCUGGGUCUACGCCGAGACCAAAACCUCAAAAUUGGCCUGCCUCUACCUCUGCCUUGCCCUUCCCAUUCAAUGCGCCUUCCUCCGCCAACCGUGUAGCGCUCGGAAUUACGCCUCGCACCUCUCUUGGUCGAAAUCCAGCCGGACGUCCAAAAUUUCAGUCUCCUUUUAAAAGACCACCUGGUCAAGCCCUUCCGGCCUCUGCUUCAAAGUUGGCCACCUCGAGCUCGAGAGUCGGCUUGUCCGCUGCCUCUGCCUCUGCCUCUCCGAGCGUCAAAAGAAGCAGGCCGGACGGGUUGUUCGACAUACCAAUAGCGUACGCGAGACCUAGCGGUACCGUUGUGGGUCACGAGUACGCGGUCUCGAGCAAAACCAAGCAGCCUGCAAAAGGCGAGGCCCUUUUCGACCUCUCCACUCACUCGGCGAAGCGUCAAAGCAUGCAGCAGAGGGGAAUCAAGCCUGAGAGCACCAGCGCAAAGAAGAUACGACAAAUGUUUGACGAGGUACCGGUGAUUCUUGAUCAACCUGCACGGGGCAUCGAGUUUGAGUUUGACAUGCCAGACGGUUCAAGCUUUGGUCCUCGGCAAGCUCUCGAUGCUUUGCACCAAAGGCGUGCGGUUCAUGUCGACCUAGAGUGGGUCAAGAACCACUGGUUGCUCAUAUUGUGGAAGAUGGCCGCCAUUACGCGCCACGAGCCAGAUCGUCAUGAAAGCAUGUUUACCGGCAAAGAGAUGCUGAAUCAGCUCUUGUAUCGGUGAGUGGAAGAUGUUUUGCAGGUCCGGUGCCGUGCUUACGUCGGAUCCUUUUGCGUCCAGAUACGAGCGUGAAGUCAAUCUGGCUCAACGCUCGGCAGUCAAACGCAUACAGGAGCAAGAUUCCGCGUCGGGUCGUCCCAUGAUUCUCUGCGUCUGGUCGAUUGCAAAGGAUUUGGAAGCAGAUGAGGCUCCCUUUCUCGAGCUCACCGAUGGCUGGUACCGCAUUCGAGCAACGAUCGACGAGCCGAUGCGCCGAGCUGUGCUCAGAGGCCUCAUCAAAGUGGGAGUGAAGUUGUCCAUCUCUGGUGCAAGAGUGAGUUGGGCUGAAUUGCCAAGGCUGCACGCAGUGCUUGUCCGAUGUGCCCUGACGUCAUAAAAACGCCUAUCCAGCGCGAUGGCACUCCAGAGCCGGUGGAAGUGCUCAAAGGUCUCAAUAUCUCCUCGCUCAUCCUCAAUUCCAACGGCACCGCCUUGGCCCGCUGGGAUGCGCGUUUGGGUUUCGUUGGGAAACCGUUCGUCGCGACUUUGCGGAGUCUCAAUGCGCGAGGGGGCGUCGUGCCUCGCAUGGAAAUCAUCGUAACGCGCUUGUUUCCUAUCGGCUACAUCGACUCUGCCGAUAGAUGUGGAGGCGAUGCUGGACAAGCCAUCACCAUGACCAAUGUGCGCAGCGAGGCGGAGGAAGAGGAGCAGAGACAGGCUUGGAUGCAAAAGUUGGCAGAUGCCAGGACUCGUCUCGAAGACGAAGCUCAGGCCAGACUUGAUGACUUGGCUUCUUUGGGCGGCGCUCUGCACGAGCUGGCUCACGAGGCGAGUCAUGAUGCAAAGAUUUUCCACUCGGGUAAGUCCGCGAAUGUGAAGAGCGCCACCAAGAAAGCGCCGACACAGCUCAGUGCUCCUUGUAUUGUGCUGCCGCAGUCCCUAGCGAUCAGCUCGACGACUAUUUUGAGCAGCUCUGCAGCGCCAAGCUUCAUAUUGGACACGUGCCAAAGAGCAUGCUCGGCGCUCUAGCUGAGCUCGCGGCAAAUCGUCUUGAAGAUCUGAAAAGACAGGCACAAGUCGAAUUGGAGACUCGGUUGGCACGAAUCUGCCCCGCUCGCCGCUCGAGGAGCUUUAGGAUCAUCAGAUUCAGAGAUGCGGGAGCAGAGCCUGUCGAUCGACCCGACGUUUGGAAGGGACGCAGAGCUCGGAGCAAAAGGGGAGUGCAGCUGACCGUCUGGGAUGUGGAGCAGCUCAACGAGCUCGGAUUGGAGCUCGGCAAACGAUACUGCGUGAGUUUGUUGUUUGCUUCUUGAACGCGAUUCGAUUCCGACCGUGUGACUGGAAGCGUGACUGAUUUGCGCCCCCCCGCUGCCGAUCGUUUCGUGCGCGUCCCCUUGCUGUGCAAAAGGUGACGAAUCUCGUGCCUACCCAAAAACACGCUUGGCGCGGACCUGACGAUGAUGCCGAUGCGUUCUUGGCAACUCGGCGAGAGACGAGGUGGCACAAGAUGGAAGCGAUGACCCCGCGUCACUCAUAGAUCCAGGGUAUGCCAUUUGCCCCCCCUCAUUCUUCCUAGACAAAGUCGCCCAGCGCCGGCGAUGGACGGCAUCAGCCCUUACCCCCCUUACUCUAA